AUGGCAUCAACAAUCACGGAAGCUCAGGCGGAGCUGAUUCGGUCCCUUGCGCCCGACGAUAUCCCAAUCAAGUUGCGAUGCGCGAUCUGUAGUAAGCUCGCGGUCAACGCCUACCGUCUUCCUUGUUGCGAACAGGCAAUAUGCGAAUCAUGUCAAUCCAAUCUGCCCGCGUCGUGCCCUGUUUGCGAACACUCACCCUUGUCCGCCGAGGAUUGCAAUCCCAACAAAUCUUUGAGAACCACAAUCAGAGUCUUCCUGCGCACUGCGGAGAAGAAGCGCGAGGCAAGCCGGCCGAAGGAAGACAAAGAUUCAGAACCAGCGACGCCAGUCGAGGCGCCUAAACAGACUCUCCCUACAACCGAAACAUCUGUAGUCGAGACACCCAUAGAACAGAAUUCAGGGGUCAACGCACCAUCAGGACAGGUUGAUAGCGCCGACAGAGUUAAUGAAGGCGCUAAUCCUCCACGCGUAGACCAGGAGAAUAUUACUCAUCUUGAUGACACUCCUGCUACUGAGAGUCCUCGGCAAGUCGAGGCAGGUGACGCUCAGAGCGCGCCUGUCGAGGGCAGCACAGAGGAAGCACCCAUCGAACACUCUGAUGAGCAGACUCUUGUGAUUCAAAAUGGCGAAGAAAACGAACAACAAAUGGACGACGAAAACGACGAAGAUCAAGAGAGGCCCGAUUCCGAGUCAAUGAACGGCAAUUUUCCCAAUGGCGCAUUUUCUGGCUCUGGUGAUUUCAAUCAGAUGCAAAUGAUGAUGGCUAUGCAGAACGGUAUGGCGCCGAACUCUUUCGGUGGCUUUCCCAUGAUGGGUAUGCCGGGCAUGGGCAUGGGCAUGGACCCAAUGACGAUGCAGAACAUGUACAUGAACGGUGGCUUUCAAGGCAUGGGCAUGAACGGCAUGGGUGGCUUUGGAGGUGGAUUUGGCCAAGGCUCCAAUAAUAACUGGAACGGUUCACAGUCGUGGAAUUUCGACCAGAAUAAUUUCAAUCAAAAUGGUCCUGGCAUGGGAACUGGUGACUUUGGAGGCUUUAACUCAGGAUUCCAGACAGGAUUCAAUCAAGGUAAUUAUGGUCAAUUCAAUGACUAUCGCCGCAACACUUUCGGACGUGGUCGGGGCCGUGGCCGUGGUUACUACGGAGGAUAUGGCCGUGGAGGUUACCAGUUCGGAGGCAACGCAAACUACCAGGAUCAGACCCAAGGUCAAUUCUCGCAAGUUGGACCUGGUCAGAAUGGCCAGAACAGUGUCGAUCAGGGUGAUGCUCUGCAGCAAGUUGAUGAAAGCGGUCAACCUAUUCAGGGCGAUAGCACUGAAGGGGCUGCCAAUGCCGGACAAGCUGAUGGAUCCAGUGAGGCCAUAGGCAAUGCGGAUGCCACUACCGGUGAUGCUUCCUCUACAACACGUAAUAUGGGACUUGGAAACGCAGACCUUGCUCAGGGUAAUGUUUCCGGUGCUGUUCGUCCAGUUGCAGCCCCUGAUGUUCCUUUGAAUGCGCCUACUGGGCCCAAAGCUAUGAGACAGGGGCUCCCUAACACAAGUCUUCAUCAUCUUCGAGCACGCGGUUACCAGGUGGGAAGUGAAGUCCCUCCCUCUAAGCCUACUGGAGCGAGAGAUAGCCCGGCAGAGCGGGGCCGAACCCGGUCUAGGAGUAGUUCUCCAGCUCCAAGCCGUGCUGACGCUCGUGAAAAGGACAAGGAUCGCGAGUCUCGUCACGAGCAGAGCAAAGAGCGACCUCACGAUCACGACAAACGCGACCGAGACCAAGACCAAACAGGAUCAGCAUCUCGAACCGUCAGCAGGAGUCGUAGUCGCAGCAGGGGACAUCGAAGCUCCCGUCGACGUAGGCGUCACCGCUCAGAGUCUGUUGAGGACGAUGGCUAUGAUGACGAUUCGCGACGCAAGAAGCAUAGAAGCCGGCGUCACUACCACGAUGAUGAAGAGUCUUCACGUUCCAAGGACAAGGAUAAGGAUGAAAAAUAUACUGACCGAAACCGUUCCGCAUCACCAGCUGAAUCCAAAAGAUCCAGCCACCGCAGCCGUCGAGAUAGAGACUCGGACAAGCGGAGGGAUCGAGAAAAGGACAAAGAUGAUGAUCGCAAAAAGUCCAGCCACCGCUCCUCGCACCGGGAUAGAGACUACGAUCGCGAGCGACGUCGGGAAAAGGACAGAGAUCGCAGUGACAAAGACCGGAAAGAUAAGGAUCGCAAAGAUCGAAAUCGGGAUAGGGACCGACGUGAUCGUGACCGCGACCGAGACCGAGACAGGGAGAAGGACAAAGAUAGAGAAAGUGGCAGAGACCGAGACAGACAACGAGAUCGCGAUCGCGAUCGAGGUUCGAGAUAUAGCAGCAGACGCCAGUCAACGGAUGCUGGAGACUUCAAGCCUACCUCUGGUCCUCGCGGUCACGACACGAAAUUGAAAAACAGCUCUUCGAGUCGCCCUGACAACUCAGGCAAAGACCCUCACACGCUUGAGCGUGAGGCCCGUGAUCGCGAGCGUUUGCUUAAAGAAGCGCAACGUAUCGCAGGUAUGGCGGGUUGGAAGCGCAACCGGGGCGAUGACGGCGACGAUACGGGCUCGCGCAAAGGUCGUCGGACGGGAUCCUCAACAUCUGCCGCUGCAUCGCGCCGAAGCGAAGCUAUCAACGGUGAUGACGAAGAGGAGAGGAUGCGAAGACUCGAGGCAGAAAGGGAGGGUGAUCGAUGGGGUUAG